UCCGCCCACCUAGCUUGACGCCUUGCUCAGUCUUCGUCCCUUCACCUAGUCUUGCCUUGAAGAUCCUUCCAUUCCAUUCCAUUCCUUCCAGCACCAUCUGCAUAUCCUUCUUCUCGUCUCCUACAUCUCUCGCGCGCGGUUUGGCCCUCUCCUCUGACCCACUUUUCCUAAGAAAUUAAGGAGAACACCCUUAGGCCUUCCUUAGAUGAUCUCUGCUCUGCCCAUUGUGUAAACAGAUCUGUGAAAUUCAACAGCCACCGUGUCGAUCCACGUCUUUUCCGUGCAAUUUAUCGCCCCCACGGCCGACGACGUCCCUCAACUGUCGGAAUAACUCACUAAUCUCGCCGAAUUUUAAGGGAAUUGGACUCCGUCGUCACUCAACAGGUUUGGCCUUCGACGGGAGACGCAAUUCAUUGCGAUGGGCGUGUCUCCUGCUUCCGCAUAGCUUCCCGAUCCGAAAGGAAUACCCUAGUGUAUGAUCAAAAGCUCACUGCAUCCGUAGGGGGUGGCUGGUGAAUAUACGACCAUAAGGUCAUGUGUUCAAAUCGUCCCAAAUUAGAAAUAACAGAAAUAACAGCAAGAGAUUUGCGACGGGAAAUGUUACAUCAUGGUGCACGGACUCCAAAUAAGCGGAUGCCUAGGAAAAGGGAUAACAUAGCGAGGUACAGUUACCGAACGGCAUGCGCUUUGACGUCCAUUAUGUGGCAUCGAUUUUGUGACGGGGAGUUAACUUCAUCGUCGAUUUCCCUGGAAAUAUGGGACCAAGUUUCUGCACAGCUGUUGGCCGAGACGGGCCAGAUGUAUUCGGUGAAACAGCUAAAGGGCAAGUGGAAUCGACUUAAGGCCGAAUGGAUGGUCCUACAAGAUCUAUUGCAGAAAAAAACGGGGCUCGGCGUAGACCCGGAAACCGGGAUGGUCGAUGCGUCUACCCAGCUUUGGAAGGAAUGGAUCCAGGCUUAUCCAGCGUACGCACAUUUGCGCACGCGGCCGUUCCCGAACUACCACCUAUGCAGCAAAAUGUUUGCGAGCGAUACCGAAGCUAAAGAACAUGCACUAUCUUAUAUUCAACAGAGAUCUCGGGAAGCCGAGCCAUCGGGUGCUGAUGUGCCAUCUGGUCCUGAUGAUUCUCCUAUGGGAUUGGGAGUCGAGGGAGGUGGCCCGGGCACAGGUGCAGAAGCAGGCAACAAUCCUCCGCCGCCUGUGACUUGGGCUCGGGGGCCUGCGACGCGGAGUGGCCGGCGCAAUCGGUGGACUGUCCAGCAGGAGAGGCUGGACGAAGAGGCGUCCACUGUCCAGCCAAGCCACGAAUCGAUUUCACAUGAGCAGAAUGAACGAUUUAGGGUGGAGGAAGCGAGCCUUGAUCGAACGAUCGAGGCUUUGGAAAGCAUUCCCGACAUCCCGGACGAAAUGCUGUUUAGAGCGCAUGAUAAACUAGUUUCCCACUCUCGUAGGCGACUGUUUUUGUCGCUCUCAGCUGAGAGGCGCCGGAAUUGGGUUCUUUCAUUACUCGAUAAGUAGUCUGGACCAUCUUAGUUUAUGUUUUCGCGCACAUGGAACGAUUUCUUUGUUUACUUUGGUUAUCCUUGACCUUUUAUUUUAUGAUGUCCUCGGCGAUGUUAUGAUUUGGAGGCUGAUUUCGUAACUGAGUUGUUUGUCGGAUCUCCGAUAGAAUAUAGAAUUUGGUGUGUGAUUCUUUUC